AUGUCCCAGCCACCAUACGUGUACGAUAGUAAGAACUCAAAGCCAACUCAAACUUACGGAGUGAACAACAACAACAACGCUAGUUUAAUGGGAUCAACAGGCCCAGGUCUCAGCAAUUAUACCCAAGCCAGCUACACACAGUAUCCACAAGCUGCUACUCGUCCUCAACAACAACAGAGUCCACAGCAGCAAGCCCAGCACCCACAACCAGCUAUGAAUAGAACAGCUUAUGGCAACAUGGCGCCAACUUUCAAUCAAUAUGAUCAACAGCAAGUAUAUGGAGGUUAUGGCCAACCAGUACAACAAUAUCAACAACAACAACAACAACAGCAACAACAAACACAACAGCCCAAUUAUUAUCAAGCUGGUCAACCCCAAGCGGGCCAACCUUACGCCGGCGGUGUCCCUCAAUUCAAUCAAUCUUCCUUUAUGGGCUCGUACAAUCAAGGGACAACACCAGCUCCAACUUAUCAAGCAACUGCAGCGGCUUAUGGUUAUCCAGCCACCAAUUAUCCAAAUCAACAACCUGGUUUCAACACCAACGAGAACAACUCGCCAUAUAAACCAAGCAAUCAAAUGGCUCAACAGGCCCCUACAUCAUCAGGCUCCAACAUCAACAUGGCGACCAUAAGAGGUGGUUUACAAAGUGCCACUGCACCUCCAUUAAUUGAUCCUAAUCAAGUUCCUCAACGUCCAAAGCUGACAACUACUUUCUGGGAGGAUGAGAAUACUGUUUGUUAUCAAGUGGAAUCAAGAGGAAUAUCAGUUUCUAGACGUGAAGAUACAAAUUUCAUAAAUGGUACCAAACUACUAAAUGUUGCCGGUAUGACUAGAGGUAGAAGAGAUGGUAUAUUAAAAUCUGAAAAGGUUCGUUAUGUUGUUAAGAUUGGUGCUAUGAAUCUGAAAGGUGUUUGGAUACCGUUUGAGAGAGCUUUGGAACUGGCCAGAAAUGAAGGUAUUGUUGAUUUACUGUAUCCAUUAUUCGUUAAAGAUAUUAAAGAAUUAUACCAAGGACCUCAAUAUUCUGGUGGGUUAACAGCAGCUGCAAAUAGUAACCCUAAGAAUAUAAUACCCGUUCAAGUUACAAAUACUACAUACACACCAAGUGCUUAUGCUACAAGGGAGAAGAAGUUGCAAAAUUCUACACCAAAAGCUGAAAAGGCGAAAGGUGCUCAAUUACCACAACCAAAUACAUCAUCCCAACCACCAAUGUCUCAACCUUUUGGUGGUGCUCAACCACAACAAGUUGUUGGUUCCAACAUGCAAUAUGGUUAUCCUGGGGCUGCUUAUCCAUACUCUACUCAAUAUUCACAGCCAUAUACACAACAUUCAACUAGCACAGCACCAACCACAGCAGAUGUAAGUCAACCAAUGAGUUCACAGUCUUAUGCACCAGGUGGUUACUAUUCCUAUCAACAACCAGCUUCUGCCAACGAUGGUUCUUCUGCUCAUCCUCCAUUAGAAGCUGAUGAUAAAAGAGCCAAUGAAACAGAGGGAAAAUGA